CCCCCCAACUUGUCUGAUGCCUUUUUUGGCCGAGGGAGGAGGGGAAAAAAAGAAGGCCGUCUUUAUUUCUAAUAUCCAUAUAAAAGUCUGUGAUUCGUAGAGCCUGGUCACUCUUGAGCAACACGCGAGGAUCAAGCUCAAUUAUGGUGCAUAAAGUAGCAGUGAUCGGGGCCGGCCCCAGCGGUCUCACCAGCAUUAAGGCAUGCCUGGAUGAGGGCAUGGUGCCAACCUGCUUUGAAAGCAGCGAUGAUAUGGGUGGACUGUGGAAGUUCAAGGAAGUGUCAGAGCCAAACAGAGCCAGCAUCUACCGUUCCCUCACGAUCAACAUUUCCAAAGAGAUGAUGUGCUACAGUGACUUCCCCAUCCCUGCUGAGUACCCUAACUACAUGCACCACUCUAAAAUCCUGAAAUACUUCAGGAUGUAUGCAGAACACUUUAAACUGCUGCAGCACAUUCACUUCCAGACCUCGGUUAAGAGUGUCAGACAGAGGCCGGACUUUUCCCGCACUGGUCAGUGGGAAGUGGUGACUGAGAACAGAGAUGGACAGGAGGAGCGUCACGUCUUCGAUGCAGUGAUCUGCUGCGCGGGACACUACACCUAUCCCAACAUGCCACUUAAAGACUUCCCAGGAAUAGAGACGUUUGAGGGGAAGUACUUCCACAGCUGGGAUUACAAGGGCCCUGAGGACAUGUACGGGAAGAGGGUGGUGGUCAUCGGCAUUGGUAACUCCGGAGGUGACAUCGCAACAGAGGGCAGCAGAGUAGCUGAGGAGAUGUAUAUGAGCACUCGUCGCGGUGCCUGGGUCAUCCGUCAGGUUUCUGACAAUGGCAUGCCCGUGGACAUGAAGUACAACACGCGUUUCGUCCACAUCUUGUUCCAGCUGUUGCCGAUCAACGUCCUCAACUGGAUCGGCGAGGGCAAACUCAAUGCCAUGUAUGACCACACCAUGUACGCUCUCAAACCCACACACAGGCUCUUCAGUCAGAUCCCAGUGAUCAACGAUGAUCUGCCCAUGAAGAUCCUGUCCGGAGCGGUCACUGUCAAACCGAAUGUGAAAAAGAUACGUGGCUCCACCGUGGUGUUUGAGGAUGGCACUUUUGUUGAAAAGGUGGAUAUAAUUGUGUUCGCGACAGGAUACAACUACGAUUUCCCCUUCUUGCCAAGCAGUGCUUUGUACAAGUCAGGGCACCGUGUGGGUCUGUACAAGCACAUUUACCCUCCUACCUUGGAGCAUUCAACUCUGGCUGUUGUGGGUUUCAUCCAUGCCCUUGGAGCCAUCAUGCCCCAGGCUGAAAUGCAAGCCCGCUGGGUCGCACGUGUCUUCAAAGGACAUGAGAAGUUGCCCUCAAACCAGGCCAUGAUCAAGGCUGUUGAGAGGGACACCAAGGACAUUGAGAAAAACUUUAACGUAUCAAAGUUGACACCCCUGCAAGUGGACUUUGUUAACUACAUGGACGACUUAGCUGGAGAGAUUGGAGUGUUCCCAAGUCUCCUCUGGUUCUUCUUCACCGACUAUCCUCUGUUUAAGAGGCUCUUCUGGGGACCCGUCACAUCCUACCAAUACCGCUUGAUGGGGCCAGGAAAAUGGGAAGGGGCCCGCAGAGCAAUCUUCACCCAGUUCGACCGCAUGUACCAGCCCCUGAAAACCAGAAAGCUGGUGGAGCAUGAGCCGUCCACCACCGGCCGCCUGUUUAAACUGAGCCUGACCCUCAUGGUCGGAGGAGCCACUGCCUACUACGUCCAUGUGCACUACCCGACUGCUCUGCCCAACCUGCUGUCCAAGCUCCAUCUACAGACAGUCUAAUACUCCGGAGACUGCAGUCGUGCCGGCACGAUGAAAUCACAGCAGUGUCUUGUGUGUUUUAGGGUCCAAUACAAUGUCAAAGGGGAAAAUGAAUUGUCUGGUCGUAAAAGCAAAGUUGUGCUAACAAAAGGUACCAAAUAUUGGAGAGGCAUAUGAAGGCAAAAUCAAAAGCAGCAAAAACUGCCAAAAUAGCACAGGACUCCUAAACAUGAUAUAAUAUAUAAUAUAUAAAAACACAGAAACACACAAACCAAAUAAUGUAUCUACGGUUUUGGAUCCCUGAAACACUGAGAAAUCCAGCUUAGUCAUAAUAUCCUGCUAUUUGGCUUGUGAUUAUGGGAAUGACGUUUGGGGUAAUGUCUUCAUUAGUUAUACUUGUAUCUUUAUAUUUGAUGUAUUUAAACACUUUCUUUCUUCUUUAAAAAAUUUUCUUAUGAAACAAUGUCAUUAUUAUUUCAAAAGCAUGAGUUUUAGAGGAAAUUUAACAAAUCCAGUUUUUUUACAUUUUCAAGACAAACUGUUUAAUACCAACUGUAUUAUUGUUAUUACUACGUUUGCAGUUAACAUUUCCUGUUUCCAACAAAAUCCAUUGUUUGCAGUAAAUCAGUCAUAAAUAAGUAUUGAAAACAAUGAACACUGGCAAAUGCACCCGAAAGACUUUUUUAGAGUCACAGUCUCACACUCUAACACCCAUUAACCUUCCCAACCCCCUGCACCACAUGAAAGUCCCACUACCUCCUACAUUGGAGAUGGCAGUUGGAGUAACCAGACAUUAUGAAUGAGUUGCAUAUGAACACAGUUGGUAGAGGAUAGAUCAACUGAAUCCGUCUUGUUAUUGUUUGUCAUUUCUGUGUUGUUUCACACUAUAAAUAGGUAAUAUUUUCCAAUGUGAAUAAACCUCAUAAAUCUCA